AUGCUGGAGGGCCGCACGGUGACGCAGGACGCCGGCGAGCGCAUUCAGGACUGGGUCGCGAGUCGCUCGCCCGACUCCGUCUUCGCCAUCACCGUCACCUCGUGCUUCGUCGCCUUCCUCGUCGUCGCCUCGGCCGUCUCGUCCACGGUCCUGCGCUGCCGGUCCUCGCUCGUCCCUCACGACCGCUGGCAUCGCCUGCCCGACGGCUCCACUUAUCGCGAGCGCGACGACGCCUACACCGGACCCGUCGGCACUCUCGACGCACACGCCAUGAGCGGCCGGUACGGCGCCUACGACCCGCCCAUGGCGAGCCAGAUGGGUUUCCCGGGCCCGCUCGCUCAAGUCGAGAUGUUCCCGCCGGCGCAGGCGAGCGUUCGCCCGCAGAGCGUCGGGACGGUCGAGAGCCGGUGGAGCGACCUGACCAAGGUCGGCGACGAGCAGCUCAAGCCCCAGGACAAGCCUACGUCGCUCUUCCUGCCAAGCCAGCCGCCGCCUCCCGCACCCGUCUCGCCUCAGCCGUCGGCUGCCUCUAUCCCUGUCCCGUUCGCCGCACCGACGAGCGUCCCGAUCAAGCACCUCUCGGCGCCGUCGAUCAGCAACUCGCUCGCGACCGCCGUCGACCUGCCGCUGCCCGGCUCGCCUCGCACGAGCCCCGCCCCGCCGACGAGCGGCGAAUCGGCCUUCUCCACGCCCAAGGCCGCCGCGACGCCUCCCGCGUCAUCGCCUCGUGCUCCCGUCGUCGCCGGUCGCCCGACGCACACGCGCGGCGCGUCGAGCGGCGGGUUCAAGCCGCUCGCGCUCUCGUCGAGCGCGCGCUCGCUCAGCAGCAGCAGCGUCCUGUCGGGUCCCGAGCCGCCCAAGGUCGAGCUCAAGAGGACGUGGUCGUUCGGGACGUGGAUCCCGCAGCUCAAGGAGGGCAGCGCCGGUACGAGGAAGGAGGACGGCGGGGACGAGGAGGAGCGAGCCGGGUUGGUCGGCCGCAGCUGA